AUGUUGGAAACUUCGAAAAUGAUAGAAAUAUUUUCAGUCAUAAAAACACUUCUUCUCUUAAAUCUCAAAAAUGAUGAAAAUAUUUCCAGUCAGGAAAACACUUCUUCUUUUGUGAAAAAUAUGUCUAAAAAAAGAAAUUUAGCCCCUAUGCGAACACAUAAUACAAACUCUAAAGUUAUCAAUCAAGAUGUUAGAAACUUUGAAAAUAAUGAAAAUAUUUCCAGUCAAGAAAACACAUCAACUCUCAUAAAAAAUGUGUCUAAAAAAAGAAAUUCAGCCCCAAGCAAACACACUAAGGUUAUCGAUCAAGAUGAUAAAAAUCUCAAAACUGAUAAACAAAAUAUAAUCCCAGAGGAUAAUGUGUUGUCAUCACUAAGAAAUAGUCUUCAUUCUUGCAUUCCAAAAUUUAAUAAUAUCAAAAGUGUAUCAGAAACAUUUGAAGAUAGUGCACAAGAAUCUGGUACUUAA